UGGCCUGGCAGUUACCACGGUUUCCCGUCAGUCGGUGUGGCGGAGGCGGAGAGCGAAUAAUUGACGUUUGUUCACGUCUGUUUGACAAGGUGCAACGAAUAGGAAUCUCGAGGAAUUUUGUAGUCACGUCCAUCGUUUAGUCGUGUCGACAUGCUGACGUCUUUACGUCGAGCUUGCGGGCUCUUCGCUCCAAGAAACAUUAGAGGAGUGCAAACAACAGCAAAUCGUGCAUCGGAUCAGCUAUUUGUUCACAGAGACAGUGAGCACGACAAUCCCAAUAUACCAUUCGAAUUCAAUGAGGCGAAUAAGAAGCGAAUUGAGGCGCUCCUCGCGAUUUAUCCCGAGGGUCACAAACGCGGUGCAAUGAUACCUCUGUUGGACUUGGCGCAACGGCAACACGGCUGGUUGCCCAUCUCCGCCAUGCACAAAGUCGCCGAGAUACUAGGCGUACCAAAUAUGAGAGUGUACGAGGUAGCCACGUUCUACACGAUGUUUAAUCGUAAACCCAUGGGCAAGUAUCACAUACAGAUCUGUACUUGCACACCGUGCUGGCUGAGAGACUCCGACUCGAUAGUCAACGCCGUGACGAAGGCUACAAACUGCGAGCUCGGCGGCACCUCCGCGGACAAGAUGUUCACCGUCUCCGAGGUGGAGUGUUUGGGCGCUUGUGCUAACGCCCCAAUGUUCCAAGUGAACGACGAUUAUUAUGAGGAUUUGACACCGGAGACUACGGCGGCUAUAAUAAAUGCUUUGAAAAAGGGCGAGAGACCACCGCCAGGACCACAGAAUGUUUCGAGAUUCGCGGCCGAUCCUGCCGGUGGACUUACGUCAUUAACGACUCCGCCUCCGGGUCCCGGAUUUGGAGUUAGGUCGGAUUUGUAAAAUAUGUUUUUGAUAGGUCUGUAGUGUACAUUAAUGAAAUGUAAAAAGGUUAUUAAUAAAAUAUAUCAAAAUAGCAGAUUA